AUGCGUUCAUUAAGUCAAAGAUCCGAAAAUUGUAGAUUUGAAAACAAUGAGAGGACAGCCCUAAUCGGUCAUUUAGACAGAGUUUACUCAAUUGAAUCGACAUUCACUCGACAAUCACUUGAAUGUUCUGAUGUUUGGCGAUUCCGUAAUCAAUCUAAUAGUGCCCAAUAUCUAUCCGAUUCAGCUCAUGGAUCCAGUUGGCUUACCGCAGCAUUCAUACUGGUCAAUGCUGCACUGGGCGCCGGUCUACUCAACUAUCCGGUUGCAUACGAUAGGUUGGGUGGUGUUGUCAGUGCCACUAUCAUACAAUUUGUUAUGUUAGUUAUGCUGGCAUCGACCAUGCUCAUUUUGAUUUAUUGUGCUGACUUCAAUUGUGUCAAUACCUAUCAUGAAGUGUUAGAGUAUAUGUGCGGUCAUAAAGUGCGCCAAUUGUCGGCGCUUUCUAUAAUCAUAACAUGUUUUGGUAUUUGCAUAACAUUUUUGAUCAUAAUUGGUGACCAAUUUGACAGAUUGUUUGCCACCUUUUUCGGACAAUCAUUUUGCUAUCACUGGUAUAUGCAUCGCAUAUUCACUAUUGUGUUAUCAGCUAUAGUGACCAUAUGGCCCAUGUCUUACUUCAAGAGACUAAACUUUUUGAAAUAUACAAACUUGUUAGGUGUUUUCGCUACAUUUUAUAUCAUAUUUUUAAAUGUCUACGAAUAUUAUUAUCUGGAUGUAACUCCCGGUCCCAUUAAGACACGUCCGGCUGAUAUCAUGAAGUUUUUAGCGGCUCUACCAGUCGUAUGCUUUGCCUAUCAAACACACGAAAUAGUUGUUCCCGUUUACGCCUGUCUAUCGACACGAAGCAGAGCUAACUUUACAAAGUCAACACUACUGGCUCUCAGCAUAUUGUUUGUUGUAUAUUGUUUGUCGGGAACCUACGGGUACUAUACAUUUGGUGCGAUCGUUGCGCCCGAUGUCAUGCAAAUGUAUAAUCCGGUCGAUCCUGUAGUUAGCGCCGGUAUUAUAGCCCUGAUUAUCAAAAUGAUCAGCACAUACCCACCCGUUAUAUUCUGUGGUCGGGACACAUUAGUCGGUCUAUUUUGUGGUGAUCCAGAACCGCUUCAUUUUGAUGAGUCCUACAAUAAGUUAGAAUACUGGCGUCGUGUCAUAAUUACAAGUGCCUGGAAUCUACUGGCACUCAUACUAGGGCUGGUAAUACCUAACAUUACUGUGGCUAUCGGUUUCCUCGGCUCACUGGCUGCUUGUAAUGUCUUUGUUUUUCCCGGGCUUUGUAUGACAUCUUUGGCUAAACGCCAAUAUUUGAUUGUCUGGAGAGAUAUAGACCAUUCAAGUGAAGCACCUGUGGGUCGAACUGAUAAUAGCAUACAUAAGUCAAUGAGACACUGGUAUCCCAGACUGUUGUUUAUUUACGGAGUUUUUAUCAUAACAAUCGGUGUUAUCAUGUUUUUUAUAAUCAUCUAUCAGGCGAUCACUGACUUAAAUUCCGACACAAAUCAUCAUAAUUUAUGUCAAUAA